AUGACCGAUAGGACCGACUUUGUCCCUAGCCACGCCGGUGACCGGGUAUUACCUGCAGAUCCUUUGUUCACGCGUCUGCUUGCCCUGGCACAUCGUUCUAGACAGCGCACUGUCAUCCGAGAUGUGAACACAAAAGUCGAGAAGACAUCGGCUGAGCUUUUGAGUGAUGUCCUGAAUCUGAGACGUGUGCUGAGAGCGUCCCUUGCCCAAGACACCUUGGACGACCUCCAGCAUGGCAAGGAGGUUUACAUCAGUAUCGUUGCUCCUGGCGGGUAUGAGUUCACUGUCGCCAUACUUGCGGUACUGUCGCUUGGGGCAGGUGCCAGUCCUUUCAGCCCACUAAUGCCCGUCAAUGAAUCGACCUACUACGUUAACAAGGCUCGGACGGUGGCAAUCAUGGUUGCGACUACAUCCCUUGCCUUGGGAGAUGCUCUCGCCAAAGAGAUUCGCAAAACCACGAAUAAGGACUUUGUUGCAGUUCCUAUACAGUCGUACAAGGACGGACCUUUCAUUGAUCCGCGAUCAGUGUCGGUAUCGUCAAAUCGUUAUGUUGAUCUCAAUGGGCCCGGUAUCAUCAUCUUCACUUCGGGCACAACUGGACCGCCCAAAGGUGCCGUACUUCGCAAGGCGGCUAUCACAGAUGGAGCCUUGACUUUUGCCCAGCAGCUGGGCCUAACUGAACAAGACACAUCAUUGCACCUCCUACCCGUCCACCAUGCGACCGGCAUCUGGGUAGGCUUCUUUCCCUUUAUCUUGACUGGAGCAUGUCUCGAAUUCCGCUCGGGCAGUUUCGACCCUAAGUGGACGUGGGAUAGAUUCAGACAAGGCGGCAUCACUUUGUUCUCAGGCGUACCCACCAUCUAUAUGCGAAUGAUGCGCUUUUGGCAGGAAACCAUAGCGAAGCUCCCCGAGAAAGAACGACAGCAGUACAAGUUCGGAAUCAACAGUAUCCGCUUAUGUAUAUGUGGAACAUCAGCCCUGCCACAGCCGAUCGAGCAAUUCUGGGCUCAACUACGCGACGGCAGAAGAAUCGUUCAGCGUUAUGGCUCCACAGAGACAGGUGUCGUCUUCAACAUGCCUUUCGAAGGCGGCUCUGAUGUGCCUGACGGGUCCGUCGGCGAGUUGACCCUCGGCCUGGACGUCAAGCUUUCUGAAGGUGACGAGGGCGAGGUUUUGGUGAAGAACUUCAUUAUGUUUUCAAAGUACCUUCAUGAUGCAGAUGCUACUAGAAAUGCGCACAACGAGGAAGGCUAUUACAAAACUGGAGACAUCGCUAGAAGGGAGGGGAAGUAUUAUUUCAUUACCGGUCGUGCCUCUGUGGACAUCAUCAAGUCAGGAGGCUACAAGAUCUCGGCCCUCGAUAUCGAAAGAGAGCUGCUAUCAUUGCCAUACAUCGCUGAAGCAAUGGUGGUUGGUGUGCCAGACGAUGAGUUUGGCCAGCGAGUCGCAGCAGUUGUUACGCUGAGGAAUGACGAGAUUGCUCAGAAGUUCUAUCGCGAGCAGGGCAGAGAUCCGGCGAAUCUCAACAUAGACGAUCUCAGGGCCGAUGCUCGAGAUCGCCUCGCUGGUUAUAAGUUACCAACUUUGCUGAGAAUCUCCAAAGACGAGAUACCGAAAAGUCCUACUGGGAAGGUCGUCAAGAAGACUCUUGGUCCUCAAUACUUCGUCCCGGGCAAGUAUUUCGAUGACCCAGAGGUUCAGGUCUGGAGCAGCAAGAAACCUGCUCUUCAGUCAAAACUCUAA